CCCGAUCUCUAUUUGCCACGCCCAUAAUCUAUUUUACUUUGGUGUUCGGGCUUUCCCACCGAUCUGCAGUAGUUUCUCUGUUAACUCCUUUGGGCUGUUAAAUACACCGCUUUCUUUGGAGUCUAGAAUACAGAUGUGUCCGAUACGUCCGAUGCAGUAAAUCUACCGUUUCACGGUGUGCGGUUGUCUUUGCAUAAAUAGGCGAAAUCUUUUGAAUAUCCGAGAGCAAGAAAUUGGAGAUGGCCGGUAAGUCACAGGGAGACGAAGAGUUUCAGCAAAUUCUAAGUGAGAUCGGGGGUAAAGAGAGGAUAUAUCUUGUAAGCGAGUCCUGGAAUCCCCAAGACGGAAACCCAUCGCAGCUCGUUGAGGAAUUCGUGAAGGAAAUAUUUCAUUCUCCCUGCCUUGAGUACCGGGAUGACGCAACUGACAACUUUAAUCACAUGGCGAGUAAUAUAAGUAACGGAUCCGUGUCUGCUGACGAUAAAAGCCAAGAAAAUCAAACAUCCUUCGAAAAGACUGCAACCAGCAACAAUGUAUCCAGGGCGAAAGCCUUGCUUUCUUCCCAAGGGGGCGAGUUAAUCCAGCCUCGGAGGCCACAGGGUUUAGAGGUGAAUGCAAAACUGGAUGGAGAGGACACCGAAAAAGCAAUGGGAGUGAAACGGGGAAUUUUUAACAAGAACAGCGAUCCCCGCGGGGUUCAUCGGGCCAUCGAUUCGCCAAUAAUAAUAUUUAUUUUUAGGCAGGAAUUUAUCAGUUGUAUAGAAAACAGGAUCUGCUUGAAGGAAAUCCUUAAAGAUGUGAAAGUCCGACUGAAAAAAGCCGGUGUCGUUCCUGCAUUGCUAGGAUUGGUGUACUUAAGAGGCCAAAGCAGAGAAACGUGUACAUCCGUAGAGGUUUUGGAUCAACUUAUGCGGUCAGUGUUCAGAAGCCACUCCUCUGAAAUGAUCUGGGUCGGACCUUUCGUGCCAAAGACGGCAGAUGCAUACAAUUAAAAAAAAUGUCUGCAGGACACUACAAUCAUCUCUUCAUAGAGGUAAUGCUGUGAACAGAGGGAGCGGCUUAUCAGAAAUGUUACAGUGCUUCCCAUGGGUUCACAGAGGAGCUCAGAGAAACACAGCCACCAGCACCUCCAUUAACGGGAAGCAAGGUGGAGCAGAGUGUGUGGAAGAGUGUGUACCCCUUACGAAGACCUCCACAACCAACAUGCAGCAGGCAGGCUGUAACAUGAGCGGAUAGCAGAGCCAAACUGUCCAUUUCUCAUGUCCUAUAACGCUAGGCUGCACAGCUUGCAUGAGUUUAUGUUAAAAAAGAAUUAUACUAUAAUCAAUUUAUCUUUAAGAAAAUCUUUUAAAAUAAUGUACAACUUUAACAACAAUAUGACUUUUGUGAAGAUUAAACAACCUGACUUAAUGAUUACAACCACAGAAAAUCUUUUGUCAACUUACACUUCAGUUAAAGGCACCAUUUUAAAGUAACACUGAUGGUAUCACUGGAUCUUGUUCAUAGUGCAUUACAGAUUUGUAUAAGCCAGGUUUUUAA